AUGAAUGAAUGCCAUCCUCGUGACACACCCAUGAUCACUAGAGAAGCUAGAAAUAAAAAUAUAGAAAAGAAUCCAAAUGAAUCUAGAAAAGUAGAAGUCCUAUAUAGAGAAGCUAUAGGUAGCUUAUUGUAUUUAGCCAACGUAACUAGUCCUGAUAUAUCGUUUGCUGUAAAUCUUUUAUCUAGAAGUCAAUCGAAUCCUACUGAACAAGAUUGGAUAGAUGUUAAAAGGAUUCUUAGGCAUCUUAAAAGAACAAUAGACUUGAGUUUAACUUAUCGAGGAAUUAAACAAGAUAUAGAAAUUUAUACCGACUCUAGUUUUAAAGAUAAUCCCGAUUCCACUUAUACAAGUGGAUUAGCUGUAUUUUUGUUUGGAGACACUAUUAUGUGGAGAAGUCAAAUGCAAAGAAUUCCGAAUUUCUCUACUUGUUCCGCUGAAUAUUAUGCAAUGUGUGAGGGUUGUCAAGAAGGUGUUUCGUUGGACAAGGCUAUUAGAGAUAUGCUAGGAAAAACAAUGUACCCAAUUACACUAUUCUGUGAUAACAAGGAUGCUAGACAAUGUACUCAAAAGGAAGGGAGUCACAGAUUGAAAGAUUUGAUGGCGAAACAAAUGAUAUUAGAACAAAGUGCCAUGACGGAAGUUCCGGAGGAGGAACAGGAUUAA